AUGGUUGUACUGUGUGGCUAUGAGACGGUGAAAGAAGCGCUGGUCAACCAUGCUGAGGAGUUUUCUGCAAGACCCUUUGUGCCAGUGUUUUUUGAUAUGUUCAAGGAACAUGGACUUAUAUUUUCUAAUGGUAAUAACUGGAAAGCUAUGAGACGAUUCACUCUUUCUACACUGCGUGAUUUCGGGAUGGGGAAGAGAACAAUAGAAGACAGAAUCACUAAAGAGAGCCAAUGUUUGGUAAAAGUAUUGAAAGCCUACAAAGGAAAACCAUUUGAAAACACCAUGCUCAUGAAUGCUGCUGUGGCCAAUAUCAUUGUGUCCAUAUUGCUUGGUCACCGCUUUGACUAUGAUGAUCCAAAACUUUUAAGGCUUUUAACAAUAGUCAAUGAUAAUGCCAGAAAUGUUGGUACACCAAUGGUUUUGUUGUACAAUGCAUUUCCAUCUCUAGUCCGAUGGCUGCCUGGGAAUCACAGAGAUAUCAUUCCAAGCAUGGAGGAAUUGCACACUUUUAUCAGAGAAACCUUCACCAAUCAGAGGAAUCAUCUUGAUGUCAAUGAUCAGAGGAAUUUCAUUGAUGUCUUUCUUGUCAAACAAAAGGAGGAAAAGCCAAAUCCAGAGUUAUAUUUCAAUGAUACAAAUCUGACAAUGCUGGUGACGGACUUGUUUGCUGCUGGAAUGGAGACAACCUCCACCACUCUCCGAUGGGGUCUCCUGCUGAUGAUGAAAUACCCAGAAAUACAAAAAAAUGUUCAGAAGGAAAUUGAAAAAGUAAUCGGUUCUGGAGAGCCUCGACUAAAACACCGAAAACAAAUGCCAUAUACUGAUGCUGUUAUCCAUGAAAUCCAAAGGUUUGCCAAUAUCGUGCCAACAAACGUUCCACAUGCCACUACUCAGGAUGUGAAUUUCAAAGGAUUCUUUAUACCCAAAGGGACUCAAGUGAUUCCAUUACUGUAUUCUGUUCUACGAGACAAAGAGCACUUUGAGAAGCCAGAUGAGUUUUACCCUCAGCAUUUUCUGGACUCAGAGGGGAACCUUGUUAACAAUGAAGCAUUUAUACCAUUUUCUGCAGGUAAGAGAAGUUGUGCUGGAGAGACUCUAGCUAAAAUGGAACUGUUCCUCUUCUUUACAACGCUGCUGCAAAACUUCACCUUUCGGGCUCCACCUGGAGCGAAACUGGACCUCACAGGGGCUGUUGGCUUCACAACCCCUCCACUAAAGCAUGAGAUUUGCGCAAUUUCUCGUAGUUAA